UAUAUUGUGUAACUCUAUGAUAUUAUCGUUUAUAUUUUUUAUUCUAUAUUAUUAAUAUAUAGUGAUUUUUAUUUAUUUUUUGUUACUGGAUAGUGAUUUUUUAAUACAUUUAACUUUUUAUUAGUUCUUUACUUACUGCUAUAUUUCAAGUUAAGUACAAUAAAAUAUGUUAUUAUUUGAUUUAUAUAUUUUGUAUAUAACACAUUUUAAAUUAAUUUAUAUUAUACUUUUGACAUCUAUCCUUUUAGUAUUUUACAGAAUUUAGAAAUAAAAAUUCUGUUCUGUUUAAAUAAUGCAGCUCUAUUAUUUUAGUAAAUUUUUAUGCAUAGUAGCAUAUAUCAUAUUAUUUAAGAAAAAUUAUAAUUUAAAUUUGAUUUUUCUGUAAUAUUCUAAAUUAACUACCAAAACUUCAAAGUUUACUAAUAACAUGUUUUUAAAUAGUAUAUGAACUAAAGUUUAUUAUUUCCUAUUAUAUUUUGUAUAUAAACAUUUUUAAACAAUAUAUUGUUGAUAGUUUUAAAACAAUUUUACGUCAAUCCAUUCGAUCUGGUGAUUAGAAAAGAUAUUACAUAGUUUACGAAUAAAUUUAUUUUUAGAUAAUAUAUAGUUAUAGAUAUAAGAGUUUAGCCUAUGUUAAUAAAUUUAUUUUUGUAAACAAUAUUAUAUAGUUUACAAAUUAUAACCCAUUUUAAUGAUGAGUGCUAAUUUAUUAAAAUUAAACAUUUUAAAAUAUAUAUAUAUUUUACUUAUUUAUUACAAUUUGUAGACCAAAAAGACAAGCCAAAUUACAUAUUAGAAGACGCCGAAAAUAUAUUAAUUAUAAUGUUCAUAUUACAAAAUACAACUCUAUUAUAUCGUAUUGGACAUUCUUGUGUAAUUCCAAUAGCAAUUACAAUUUUGCAGGAAGUUAUGUAUUUCAGAUAAGAACGUGGUAAGCAAUGUAAGAAUAUCUAUCUAUAUAGUCAAUGAUAUAAAAUUUGUAUUAAGAAGUUAGCUAACUAUACUAUUAGAAGUUUUGUAGGUAAGACAACUGUAAUUUCGUAUGAAUUUCUUAUGCUUUGUAUGAAUAAUAUUGUUUUGGUUGCACUCGCAGACCUAAUAAUUUUACAAAAAAGUAUGUACAUAUAUUAUCAAUUUAAACAACAUUAGAAUAAAUUAUUUUUAUUUUUAUGAAAUAUUUAAUAAUUAACAGAAUAUUAAUUUAAAUAUAUUAUAACUUUGUAAUACUGGUGAAUGUAUGUUCUUGCUUAAAAUUGCAUGUUUUACAGUGAUAUCUCACAUGCAACACAUUCCUCAAAGAAUCCACCAACUUCAGGAAUGAAUCUCAGUGCGCCCUAUCACGGUUUGUAUAAGAAGUGUUUGGGACAUCAGAAAACACCAAGCAGAUAAUACUAAAAUUUUCAUCGGCUUCAUGUGCUACGACCACCACGUAAGCCUUUUAUUAAAACUUUAACAUAUACAUAUAUAUGUAUUUUCCAAUCCAACAUAUUUGGUUUAAAAUACUCACUACUUACUUAAUUGGUUCGGCACAUCAAAAUUUUUUCACAUUCAGGGACAACUAUUUAGAAGGUCGGUUCACCGGAAAUAUUCAGCCAAAUGAUCCAAAAAAAUUAACCGAGGAAGAUAUAUUUGAAUUUUCAGGAUUUUCUGUCAUACAUAAUUCACGACAUCGAAAACUCACCCAACUGCCGUAUUACAUUCAGAUCGAUCAAAAGACAAUAACAUCGAAAGUUACAGACAUUGGUCCAAUAUUUCCAGUUCACAAUUUCUCUCCUCAGAAUUACAAAAAUCUAUUGUGCUUAGCCACUACACCCACCUACUUACUAGGUAAGUAAGUCAGCCCAAUAUCAAUUAAACAAAUAUGGAUGUUUAUUCUAACUCAUAAUCAAUGUGCAAAUGUCGUCGGGCAGAUACUCAUAAUACAAAAAAUAAAUCAGUACCACCCAGAAUUCAAUAUUGAUGCCACAAUUGGUCUACGACUGAACAUGUAAGUCUAACACAGUAUGUAAAACGAAAUCAUAAUUCUCUUCACACAUACACCUCUAUCUCAGGUCGACAAUUGUUAAACUCAUACUGCGCGACAAGCAAACGGCAGAUUUUAGCAUCUUACAAAACAUGAAGAAUAGGAAAUUUAAAGUUGUCAUCAUCACAAGCAUAAUUCCUAAACUUUUCCAAGGUAAAUAAUUUUGUUAAACACAUCAAAACAUAAUACAUAUCUAAUUUGUUUUAUCAACAGAACAAUAAUAUUCAAUAUUCUCCAGGCAAACUACUAUUAAGUUCAUCACCAGCAACAAAAUUUCUACUUCAACAAAUCAAUUGAUUACAUAAAGCAUUUCAAAAAGCGAAUAAGAAAUCAUGCAUAAGCAUGCAGCAAAGAGUGACUUUAAUUCAUGUAUCAUCCAGAUUAUUAUUCUCUUUCCCACACAGCUUGAUACCUUGAUUUAUUUGCAUUUUAAACAAUUUUUUCAUUGCUUUUUUUUUUAAAUCUUACUUCUCUAUAAAAUCUUAAACUCAACUUCUGUCUUCGAACUUUACUAAGCAAUUUAAAUAUAUAGAGAAUAAGAGUUUACAUGAGAUUGUUCGCUGACUUAUGCUAAAAGACAUGAUUUAUAUCUAUCAUCUAAAUUUUCAAUCUCAAACUUAUUAAAACUCAACAUUUUCCGCGCGUAGCGCGGACGAAGUCUCUAGUAGUUUAAAAUAAAACCAGACAAUUAAAUUAUAGCAAAAUCAGACUAUUAUACUGAUAAGAAACUCCAUGUCCUAUGAGUUUCACUCAAACAACGUAAAAGGAGACUAAUUUAAGUGAGUUAAUUUGAUUGUUUGGACUAAACAAAAUUUGGAAUCGAACCGUCGAUAUGGAAAUGAAACUAGUUGAACAUAAUCUGGUUUUCGAUUUGAUGAUAUGAUUAUGAACUGAGCCUAAAGUUUAUUAAAUAAAUAGAUAACAGUUUAGUUAGUUAUUUGUUUCAGAAUUAAUUACAAAGAGGAAAUAUAAUUUAGUUAUCAACUUACAAUUUGAAAAUUAUCUUUGAAUGUAGUCAGACCAAAUCGAGUCAAAAAUGAGACAAGAACAAACGAAUGUGAAUAUUGAAAACUAGGCAUGAAAAGUUUGAUUAAACACGUUUGAUAGGACUCAAAAAACACCUAAACCGGUCUGAUAUAUAAUUAUAAGAGGUACGAAAAACAAACAAUAGAAACAUAAAACCCUUUAACAAUAAAAAAAAAAAACAAUAGAAACACGUCCAUUGAAAAUCUCUCAUGCGAAUUUAUCAUCUACAGAUAUUCAAUUUUGAUAUCUCAUGAAAAUAUUUUAAUAAAUAUUUGAAAACUUUACCUAUAAACUUAACAAAUUAGGUGUUUUAAUAUGUUUAUUCACUAUUUAAAAACCAUCUAUUUAAAUGUUAUUUUGAUUAUGUUAAGUUGAAGAAAUGCUUUAAAUCUAUAGAACACAAACUGACACAUUUAAUUUAAUUUUAACUAUCAAAUAAUGAAAAUUAAUUGUGAAUAAAUUUACAAUUAUUUUGGUAAGAAUUAUAGUUUAAUUAUUUAUAAAAUAUAUACUAAAACAAAUUAUUUUGAAAGUUUUCAUCGAAAUAAAAAAAUUCCAUAAAAAUGCCGUCUCCAUGAAAUAAUUAUAUGUAUUGGUUGCAACAGAAGAAAUAUAUAUAUAUAUAUAUAUAUAUAUAUAUAUCAGAUUUUAGUACUUAAAAUCAUGAAUGCAUAUGUAUGCUCUACAAUAAAUUAUGAAAUUGUUAGAAUAGACAAUUCCUCUUGUCUUUUUUUACUUUUUGUCUAUAAUGGCUCCUUAAAAAGGUUACUUAGUUUUAUUUUUUCAAAACCAAAAAAAAAUGAAGUCGAUUUUUUAUGACUAAAAAAAUUCAAUAAAAGAAUCCAGUACCAUUUAAUACCAAAAUGAACCGUUCUCAUGUCAAUUUAGUCAUUUUAUUUUAUGAAAGGAAAAAAAAACACCAUAACAAUUAUAGCAAACCUCAAAAAUUGAGGUCUUAACACAACUGAAAAUGAUUGGCUUUAAACUUGUUAUAAAAGUGCAGUUGAUGUAAUAAAGAAACAAAAAGUAAAAUAAAAGAUUGGACAUAAGAGGUCAUGUACACGAAGGAGAAAGAGAGGGACAAGGAGAGAUGGAGAAAGAAAGACGUAAGUAUAUUAAAUUGUGCCUACACCUUUCAUUUUCCAGAAGCAAGAAUCAUAAUCUUCUUAGCAUUUUUUUCACCAAUACAUCAUCAUAACAUCUGUUAGGCUCACGUCUUUUUCCUUUCCUCCUUUUGUAAAUUUCUUCUCUCUCUUUUCGUAUAAUCCCUAUCACGUUAUAUGCUACAAGCCUAUAUAUAUCAUGCUAUACAAACAUGUCUACGCUGGGGUUUAAUGGGCUUGUUUUAUGAUAUGGGCUGAACAACGAGAACUGUAGGCCCAUUAUGAAACAACAGCGUUUUCUGUUUUAGAAAGCGCGCUUUUAUGUUUGGCGUCGGUGACGGCGACUUUCGUCCGCUUUUUCUUUAAACCGAAGCAACGGUUCCGAUCCGUACAAAUAAAAACCAACGGUGGUGAUUACACGACGAAGAAGUUGACUUACGAGUUACGACCGGUAAGUCUUAUAAUAGACUAGGAGAUACAAUCUCAACCGUCCAUCUAUAGAUCAACGGUGUCUGUAAAACGAAUCUAAAAAAUAAAACGAUCGUCGUCUCCAAAAUUGACUCAUCUGCUAGAUCUUCGAUCGUCGUCUCCGAAUCUCCAGGCGCGAUUCGAGAGUAUUAUAAUCUAUUUGAAUCGGAAAUUUAGGGAUCUGUAGUGGUUUCGGGGGGGCAUUGUUGACGACGGCGAGAUAUGGCCGGGAAGAGUGGAGACUCGGUGUCGAUCUCGGUGCCGUAUAGGAAUUUGAGGAAGGAUGUUGAAGUUGAGAUGGUGACGAAGCAUGGAAACGAACACGCUUCGUCUUCGUCGUCGUCUCCUUUGAAUGGUUCUGACGGUGGUGAGCCCGUGGCGAAGGAUUGUAGCUUGGUGACGCUGGUGCUUAGCUGUACAGUCGCUGCUGGUGUUCAAUUCGGAUGGGCAUUGCAGCUUUCUCUCCUCACUCCUUAUAUUCAGACUCUUGGAAUAUCUCACGCUUUUUCUUCUUUUAUUUGGCUAUGCGGCCCUAUCACAGGCCUUGUGGUCCAGCCUUGUGUGGGCAUUUGGAGUGAUAAAUGUACUUCAAAGUAUGGAAGACGACGACCUUUCAUCCUUGUGGGAUCACUCCUGAUCUCUAUAGCAGUGAUAAUAAUCGGGUUUUCUGCAGACAUUGGGUAUCUAUUAGGAGAUACGAAGGAACAUUGCAGUACUUUCAAAGGGACACGGACCAGGGCAGCUUUUGUAUUUAUCCUUGGGUUUUGGUUGUUGGAUCUAGCAAACAACACAGUACAGGGACCUGCUCGUGCUCUUCUAGCUGAUCUAUCAGGUCCUGAUCAGCGGAAUACUGCAAAUGCUGUCUUCUGCUUGUGGAUGGCUAUUGGGAAUAUCCUUGGGUUUUCUGCUGGGGCUAGUGGACGAUGGCAAGAAUGGUUCCCUUUCCUAACCAGUAGAGCAUGUUGUGCCGCAUGCGGAAAUCUUAAAGCAGCUUUUCUUCUUGCAGUGGUCUUUCUCACUAUAUGCACUCUUGUCACAAUCUAUUUUGCGAAAGAGAUUCCUUUGGCAAGCAGUAAGCCCACCCGCAUACCAGAUUCGGCACCUUUGCUGGAUGAUCUCCAGCCUGAAGGCCUUGAGCACUCAAAAUCGAAUCAUGGUGCUGCCAAUGGGAUUAAGUAUGAAAGAGUGGAACGUGAUAUGGAUGGACAUCUUAAAAAGUCAAACAAUGAGCAUCAAGAUGAGACCUUCAUUGAUGGCCCUGGAUCUGUUCUAGUGAAUUUGUUAACCAGUUUAAGGCAUUUGCCGCCUGCUAUGCACUCUGUUCUUAUCGUCAUGGCUCUAACAUGGCUAUCGUGGUUCCCCUUCUUUCUGUUUGAUACAGAUUGGAUGGGAAGAGAAGUUUACCAUGGUGAUCCAACGGGAGAUAGUUUGCGCGUGGAACUUUAUGAUCAAGGUGUUCGGGAAGGUGCAUUUGGCUUGUUACUAAACUCUGUUGUCCUUGGGAUCAGCUCAUUCUUGAUUGAACCAAUGUGUCAGCGGAUGGGUGCACGAGCUGUAUGGGCUCUGAGCAAUUUUACAGUAUUCGCAUGCAUGGCAGGAACAGCUGUUAUUAGCUUGAUGUCUUUGAGGGAUAACUCUAAAGGAAUUGAACAUAUAAUAGAUGGAAACGAAACAACAAGAACUGCAGCCAUAAUCGUUUUUGCACUCCUCGGUUUUCCUCUAGCUAUCACAUACAGUGUCCCUUUCUCUGUCACAGCAGAAGUCACUGCUGAUUCCGGUGGUGGUCAAGGUCGGUGUAAAGCUUCAACCAUUCAUAGCUCUAGCGUCUUAGAUUUCAAAGUACCAAAUGGUUACUUCACUCUUUUUGAAUUUUGUUCUCAAUGUAGGUUUGGCUAUAGGAGUGUUGAACCUUGCAAUUGUUAUCCCUCAGAUGAUAGUCUCGCUUGGAGCGGGUCCAUGGGAUGCAUUGUUUGGAGGAGGAAACUUACCGGCGUUUGUUUUGGCGUCUGUUGCUGCUUUUGCUGCCGGAGUUAUUGCUUUGCGUAGCCUUCCCACACUAUCUAGUUCUUUCAAGUCUACUGGUUUCCAUAUCGGGUGAAAACUUUUAAACCGGGACUCCAAUACAAAACCGAGCCACACAGUUUUUUUUUUCUUGAGGUAUAGACUUAAAAUUCAGAUUCUUUUUGUUGGCCAUGUUCUCGUCUCUCGACAUAUAUGUAUGUAGGUUUUGUACAUUUUUAGUUUUGUUGUAAUGUAACGACACAACAAUGGGACUAUAAAUUUACAAAUACACCUCUUUAUCACCUGAAAAGGUACA